AUGAGGAAGAAACUCGACACUCGUUUCCCUGCCGCACUGUCUAACCUGUAUGGAGUCUUAGAAUUGCCUUUUUCUUUAAUAUUGCAUGCGCUUUUGCUUGCUACUGAAUCUGGUGGUCCAUCUGGGACAGCUCGGAUUAAGAAGAUUAUGCAAACUGAUGAGGAUGUCGGGAAGAUUGCCAUGGCUGUGCCUCUUCUUUGUGUACAGACUUUCAAUGUAUUUGAUUUUCUGAGGGAAAUUGUGAGCAAAGUUCCAGAUUUAGGCGGCCCUGAUGCUGCUGGUGAUGAUCGUGGUGCUGCCAAAAGAAGGAAAGUUGCUGACGACGAAGAUGAUGACAGUGAGGAGGAGUGCAACACAAGCAUAGCACAUGAGAUUACCCAGACAAGCAGCAGUGGCAGAGGAAGAGGUAGGGGCAGAGGUAGAGGGCGUGGCCGGGGGACAAAAGCAGUGGAUAGAGAGACAGCUGCACAGAAUGGGAAGUUUGAAGAUGAUCCAGACAUUGGUCAUCACAAUGACAAGAACAGCCCAAAUCUUCGAAGGAUAUACAAGAAUCAUGAGCUCGAAGAUUUGAAGGAUAAUAUUACAGCUGGCAGAAAUUUACCAACUCCAGUCCAUGACUUUGACCUGAAUGUGGACUUGGAUGAGAAUGGAGAAACAAAGCCAGUGUCAGCUUCUGUCCCUGCCAGUUCCUCAACAAAAUCUGACGCUGUUGUCCCUGCUAAUUCCUCAACAAAAUCUGACACUGUUGUCCCUGCAAGUUCCUCAACAAAACCAACUCCUGAAUUGAAGCAUGAGGAAGUACCUGGAUGGUCUCUUGCAGACAUUGAAAAGAUGGAUAUCGAUCCCAUUCAACUUGCGAGCCUAAAUACAAGAAUAGAUGAGGAGGAAGAUUAUGAUGAAGAAGACUGA